GAACAGUUGCCAUCUUGGCGAGUGAAUCCAUCGACGACGACUAUUUACCAAAUAUUUCCUUCAUUAUUGCAUCGAAAAAUCAGGGUUUCUAGAUAUUUGCCAUGACAGCACCCGGACCGGGUCAGUCCCAUUUCGGUACAGGGAUGACAGACUUGCCUGUGUCCGGAGCAGAUGCUGUUGAAGGGAUGAAGUUAGCCACAUCAAUGGCGGCCAUCACAAGCCCCAUUACACCUGAGGGCCUGUUGAGCGCCCAGUCCCUCGGGGCUGUCACCAUACCGCAGAGCUUCUGCUUCCCCCAGACGUCCUUGUCAUCAGCCUUCUCCUCCAAUCAGCAGGCUCCACCCGGGACCCACUCGCCGCUAAAUGUCACCUUGGGUUUUCCGAUGAACGUGAAUACUGGUGCUGUCGGACAUCCGUUUGUCCAACCUAUAUCUGUGGGACAAAUUUGCACGACCGUCGCACAAAGUCUUGGGAUUCCCAUCAGCCAGACGAUUUUGGCUGUUCCUAAUGGAGGUCAAGGUCAGUUCCUGUCUGGAGCCUUCAGCCAACUUCAACCAAUCAUAAUGAGUGCCCAGCAACAACCAGUCAUGGCAAACCCAUUCAUGGGAGCACCACAAAACGGCAGUGUAACCCCACUUGCUGCCUCACCCAACACAUUUUCCCUGAAUUCCAUCACAGCGCCAGCAUUGCUCCCAAAAGAACUGAUAUUUGAAAACAUAGCCGAGUCAGGGAAUGAAUCAGAAGGCAAUUUUAGUAACGAAACACCCAAACAGGAAAUGGGCGACCUGGCAGACGUGGAAUCCAUCUUGAACAUUACCACCAUGGAUGAUGGCGGCAUUCAGAACGACAUUGAAAUGCCAGAUAGUGAAAACUCCAAUUCAGCAAAAGAGGACGUAAAAUCAAAUACUGAAGACUCUCCAGCGCCGGUAGAAGAUGUUCCUAGCCCCAAACCAAGUCCAGUUCAGUCUGAUUCAGAAAAGGUGGAGGAAGAGUCCAAUUCAGUGACAGAGGAACCCAUCCCUGAUGCUGGCAGUGUGAAGGAAGAUGAGGAAGAGGUCUCUGUCCCAGAACAGAAACCCAUGGAGGAGGUAAAGGCAGAGUCUCCCUACCCAGCUUUGGAGGACAAUACAGAACUUGUGGAUCCGAAAGUUGAAUCUUUGGAUGACCUUGAUGACAAAUCUCGGUUCAGUAUGAUUGAUACCGCUGAUUACAAUGAAGAUGGUAUUCCUGUUGAAUAUGACCAGUCCGAGUUCAACUGGGAGGAGUAUCUACUUGAGACCGGCUCCACCAGUGUACCCCCCACAGCCUUCACCCAUGUGGAGUGCAGUCUACAGAGUGGUUUUGUCAAGGGCAUGAAGUUGGAAGUCCCAAACAAGUCGUCACCUAACACAUACUGGGUGGCAUCUGUCAUAAUGUCAUGUGGUCAGUUGCUACGGUUACGGUAUGAUGGUUAUGAAGAGGAUGGGUCUGCUGACUUCUGGGCUGACCUUAUGACCUCAGAGAUCCAUCCAGUGGGAUGGUGUUCAAGUAAUGGCUGCACUCUUCAGCCUCCUGACGCCAUUAAGGACAAGUUCAGUGACUGGAAGGAGUUUGUAGUAGCCUCUCUAACAGGGGCUAGGACAGCCCCUUCCUACCUGCUGGAUAAGAUGACGGGAACAACACCAGUAGAUCAGCUCAAACAAUGUAUGAGGCUGGAGAUCCAGGAUGUCUGCAAGCCCACCAACGUAUGGAUCGCAUUACAGAUCAUCGAGAACGGAGGCAGACUGUACCUGCGCUAUGAAGGCGUGGAGUCGGGCACACACGACUUCUGGAUGUUCUACCUGAAUGAGAGUCUGCAUCCCAUUGGCUGGGCCAAGGAGAUGAAGUACACCUACAAGCCCCCUAGAGAAGUAGAAAAGUCUUUCAUGAAAUGCUCUGAUGCAGAGAUUAAUGACAUUCUGGAAGAAGGUCUAAAGAUGUCACAGGACCAGAUCCUGCCUGCAGACAUAUUCAAGGAUCAGCCAGAAAUCCCCACCCACAAAUUCCAAAAAGGCUGGAAAAUCGAGGCGUUGAAUCCGCUGAGUCGCAACCAGAUCUGUCCCGCUACCAUCGUCCAGAUCUUCAACAAUCGGUACUUCUUGGUGGAAAUAGACUCCUUGGAGCGCCACUCCAGUAAACGUGUACAGUUCAGUUGCCAUGUCAACAGCCCAAACAUCUUCCCCAUCCACUGGUGCCAGUGCAAAGGGCUUCGUCUCACUCACCCUGCAGGAUUCCAUGUAAAUCCUCUACCAGCUGAAACCCCACGGAAACUUGGCUUGAAACGACCAACACCGAAACGAGUAGCGGUCGUACAACCAGAAAUUGCUGAGGGACCGUGGAAUGAAGAGAACAAGGGGGACUCGUACUCCCAGGUGAAAAACGGGGGAGUCUGGAGCGGCUGGUGUCCCAAGAUCUACUUCAACCAUCGGUGUUUCUCUGGCCCUCUCAGCAAGGGUCGUAUCUCCGAGCUGCCCAAGUGUGUGGGGCCCGGCCCCAUCAACCUGGUGAUGAAGGAGGUCCUGUCCAUGCUCAUCAACGUGGCCUACAAGUCAUGUCGUGUAUUGCGGGAGAUUCAGAUGGAGGGGUCGCCAAAUCCCAACAUGCAUCAGCAGGUGUUGAAGGCCAAGUACAAGGGGAAGAGCUACCGGGCGACGGUGGAGAUCUGCAAGAGCACAUCCCAGUUGGAGGAGUUCUGUCGGCAGAUCUGCAUCAAACUGGAGUGCUGCCCCAACCUCAUCAGCCCUCACCUCUUCACCACAGAAUGUCCAGAAAUCUGCUCACAGCUCACCAAAACCAAAUACACUUAUUACUAUGGUAAGAAGAAGAAGAAGGUUGGUCGCCCCCCAGGUGGUCACACGAACUUGGAGGACGGACCCAAGAAACCUGGGAAAAGACGGAAAAGGAAAAAGAUAAACUUUGUAACAAAGAAAGUGCGGACGUCGCAGGAUGAGAUCGACGAUGGCAUUGAUGAUGACAAAGACAGUGUUAACAGUGACACACGGACUGUAGAUAGCACCAGCACUAAUGGUUCCAAAGAAAAAGACUCUGAUUUGAAACAAAGCCAAGGCUUGAGGAUUAAACGAAAGUAUACGCACCAUGUGCCCCCUCCAUCGGACAUUCGUACACGGGGAGCCAAACUGCCCAAAUAUAGCUUCGAACGAAGAACUCACAAAAAAAAUCAUGCUCACAUCCCAUCAUGGUUCCUCUCAUCACCAUGGCAACAGCUCAAUUGUGACCAAGUCUCAAAGUGCACUUGGACUUGGGAUGAACUCAAAACAUGGCAGCUCAAUAAACAUCAAGAUUCAUCUGUGAAGAAAGAGGAAAUACUCAAAUUGGAGAAGAACCCCUUGAAGUGGUCGUUGAGCGACGUGGUAGAAUUUAUCAAAACAACAGACUGCGCUCACCUUGCCAGGCUCUUUAAAGAACAGGAGAUCGACGGGCAGGCCCUCCUCCUACUGACUCUACCCACAGUACAGGAACACCUGGAUCUCAAGCUGGGGCCGGCCAUCAAACUGUGUCAUCAUAUCGAAAGGGUGAAAAUAGCAUUUUACGAGACAUUUGCCAAGUGAUGGGAGAAGCUCAUUGUGCAUUUACAUUCAGUAUUGGAAGACGUCAUAAUCACAUCAGAGUCCGACAAAGAGGUGCAAUCCAACGUCUGUUUUUUUGUGCCAUCAGGGUUGCGUUUCUUGUUCUACGCAUCCUGCAUGUGAAUUGUGUGCCAAUUUCUUUUUGUCUCCAUUUUUUUUUUAUUUCAGGGAAUAAUGAGAUUCCAAUAUGUUUUUCUUAAAAAUAAGAUAGGGACAAUAUUAAAUGCGGGAGAUCUGUAGCGAUAUUGUUCACCUGUAACACACAGCAUUGUGUGAAGCAAAAUAUGUUUAUUAAUGCAGUUCCAAGCAUAUUAAGAAGCUCCCAGAUCAAAGAGUGUGUUGAACGAGACAAGCUACUGCCUCUUUCUCAAGGAGCCACACUGACACUUUUGCCUUGUGGUCUCAGGUACUAGGAUUUGCCAUGCAGAGUUCUGUCCCUUUGCAGAGCCAGGAUCCUGAUGAUCCUGCUUUGCUUCUGUCAUGAUCUUUGCCAGCACCAGACCUGAGUUGUGGUUUUAAACAACAUGGUGAAUAUCUACAACCACAACCACUGUGUGCUCUUUGUCUUUGUCACAUAAAAGUGGCAUAAGACAAUAAAACUGAUAUAAUGUUCAAAAUGGCAUGAAAACAAGGUCACUCAGUCAUGAACGACACAGAGUGACAUGAAACAUAUGAAACUGAUUUGUUCCAUUUUCAUUUGUGUUGAUUUCAUAUGAAAGUGUAGCGAUUGUUUUACAAAGCUGAAAAAGCAUUUGAUGACUCGCUAUCUGGUUCAUGUUUUCGUCUUUAACUGAAAACGAUAUGAAAGCAUAACAACUGAUUUAUUAUGCUUAAUAGCAUUUGAUUAUAUCUAGCUAAUUGUCUGUCCCGAACUGAAAACCAGAGACUUGUUUAUGUUUGGUGGGUUGCGAUAUUAUGGGGUGAUAUUAUGAAAACCAUUAUUGAUAAACAGACCUUAUACUUGUAACAUCAUCCGAAUAAUCAGAGUUCCAUAUCAUAGCAUGUCAACGAUUCCACAAUACUCAGGUCACAUGACACAUUAUCAACAUGCCAAACGUCAGAACAUCACUUAAACAGGCCGACCUAACAAUCUGAAGCAAAGGCAGCUAGGUAUGGAUAAAGACGUAAAAGAGGAAUGUAUGUCUGUCAUACAGACCCUGCAAUAAGGUUAUCACAGAAAUGUUGUUUAUGUUUGGCAGGUAUAGAUUAGUUUCAGUUUGAAAAUGAAGACAGGUGCUUGGUUCCUUUUUAAUAUUUUAUUUAUAUGAUUUAAGAACAGGAUUUUUAUUUUGGUGUGUAUUGUUAAAGGUUUUGUUUCCUUUUUAUCAAGAAUGUUUGGUCACAAUAAUAAUGCCUGGUUUGGGCAUCCUCAGAAGAUGAAAAGAGUUGGUCUGAAAUUUUUUAAGGUCUGUCAGUUCUCUUGGCCGAACAAAAUCUACCCGUGAAGAUCCGGGUUAGAAUUGGUCUUCAGCAACCCAUGCUUGUCGCAAGACGCGACUAAUGGGAUUGGGUGGUCAGGCUC